GAGCCGAGCCGAGCGGCAGAGUCGCGGCCGGGCCAAGCCCUCGCCAACCUGGAGCGGGAUCCGGAGCAGGAACCUCUUGCCAGAGCCAUAAAUUACAGGAAAAGGAGGAAUCAUGUCAAUGAUCGCAGCUUUCUAUGGCGGCAAGUCCAUUCUCAUCACAGGCGCCACCGGCUUCCUGGGCAAAGUGCUGAUGGAGAAGCUGUUUCGCACCAGCCCAGAUCUGAAAAUCAUUUAUAUCCUGGUGCGGCCCAAGGCUGGCCAGACACUCCAGCAGAGGGUUUUCCAGAUCCUCAACAGUAAGCUGUUUGAGAAAGUCAAAGAAAUUUGUCCAAAUGUGCAUGAGAAGAUCAGACCUAUUAGUGCAGAUCUCAACCAGCAUGAUUUUGGCAUCAGCAAGGAAGAUUUGGAGGAGCUUCUGUCCUCCACCAACAUUGUCUUCCACUGUGCGGCCACUGUACGAUUUGACGACCAUCUGAGACAUGCUGUGCAGCUGAACGUCACUGCCACCCAGCAGCUCCUGUCUAUGGCAAGCCAGAUGCCCAAACUUGAAGCCUUCAUACACCUCUCUACAGCCUUUUCUAAUUGCAACUUGAAGCACAUAGAUGAAGUGAUCUACCCAUGUUCUGUAGAACCAAAGAAAAUCAUUGACUCUAUGGAGUGGUUGGAUGAUGCGAUCAUUGAUGAGAUCACUCCCAAGCUGAUUGGGGACCGGCCCAACACAUACACCUACACCAAGGCCCUGGGAGAGAUUGUGGUGCAGCAGGAAGGCGCGAACAUGAACAUUGCCAUCAUCAGACCCUCCAUCGUUGGGGCCACCUGGCAGGAGCCUUUCCCAGGUUGGGUUGAUAACCUAAAUGGACCCAGCGGGCUCAUUAUUGCGACUGGGAAAGGAUUUCUUCGGGCCAUCAAGGCUACUCCGAUGGCCAUUGCAGAUUUAAUCCCAGCGGAUACAGUUGUUAAUCUCACCUUAGCAGCAGGCUGGUAUACUGCAGUACACAGACCUAAAUCAACAUUAAUCUACCACUGUACCUCUGGUAAUCUCAAUCCCUGUAAUUGGCUCAAAAUGGGAUUACAAGUCUUGGCAACCUGUGAAAAGGUCCCAUUUGAGAAAGCUUUCAGGAGGCCAAAAGCUGACUUCACAACCACCAGAUUCACAACCCACUACUGGAAUGCAGUCAGCCACCGGGCCCCUGCCAUCAUCUAUGACAUCUACUUGCGGCUUACUGGGAGGAAGCCCAGGGUGAUGAAGCUCAUGAACCGACUUCUCAGAACCAUUUCCAUGCUGGAGUACUUUAUCAACCGCAGCUGGGAGUGGAGUACGCACAACACAGAGAUGCUGAUGUCAAUGCUGAGUCCUGAGGACCAAAGAAUGUUCAAUUUUGAUGUGCGCCAGCUCAACUGGCUAGAGUACAUCGAGAACUACGUCCUGGGGGUGAAGAAGUACUUGCUGAAAGAGGACAUGGCAGGGGUCCCUGAGGCCAGGCAACACUUAAGAAGGCUCCGAAACAUUCACUACCUCUUUAACAUCGCCCUCUUUCUUAUCAUCUGGCGCCUGCUCAUUGCACGAUGGCAGAUGGCACGGAAUGUCUGGGUCUUCAUUGUUAGCUUCUGCUCCAAGUUCCUGUCUUACUUCAGGGCGUCCAGCACACUCAAGCUCUAAGAAUGUGCAGUGGUCACCUUGUGUCUGGCCCCCUUGGAUACCUCUAAAACAGUGAACUGUGGUUCUUAAAAUUAGGAAGUAACAAGGAGCAUGCUCACGCUAUAUAAUGGCACAUACAUGCUAUGUAUUCAGCCCUAUUUCUCAACAGUACAUUCUGUUUAUUUCCAUGAAAGUAAGUCGUAAGCCCACCUCUACCUAUACAUAUUUUAUGAAAAGGUCACUUCCAGAUGACUUCCUGCCACUGUACUCUGCAUAUUAAACAUGAAAGUGCUACUAUUAUCCUCAUUUAGCUUUUUUUUUUUAAAGACAAUGAAUUCAACUCUAAACAUGGAGACAGGGUAAAAGCCAAAAUGAACUUUAAAAAAAGGUAGAAAUGACAUCACAGCCCUGGAAAUCAAGAACAAGAAUAAUGUUCUCAACAUCUUCACAAAGACUGUGAGAAACCACUGCCACAGGAAAUAUCUAAAUCCUACCAUGGAUUAGAAAAGUGGGUUCACAUUUACCAUUUUUAACUACAUGCACUUCAGUC